AUGACCCAUCAUGGUCCCCUCGACGCUGCGGCGCCCAACUAUGGCACCGUCAAAAAGCGCCUGGCCAUUGCCUUUGGCUACUUCAGCCCUCCCAUGGCUGCCGAGCCAGCUGCCCUCGACUCCGUUCUGCUUGUCAUCGGCACCCUCGGCUCCAUUGCCGCUGGCGUACCUUCUCCCAUCAUGUCCGUCUUCUUCGGCGAGCUCCUCGGCCAGCUCAGCUCUGCAUCGUGCUCCAGCAAACCGCCGCUCCCUUCCUACGACAACACGCUGUUUCGAAAGGUUCUCUUGACCUCCAGCGACCAGCUCUUCAGUCUCAGCCCGGACAUCGCAAAAGCCGCCGUGGCUGCCCGCCGGGUUUUCGGUCUCAUCUGUGCCGAUAGAAGAACGGACAGGCUCCGUGACAAGAGUGGUGACAGCCAAGGCGAUGUCGAGAAAAGAGCGAUGGUGGAGGCACUGCAGGUGUCUUCUUGUCCCAAGAACCGGGGCGUGGGCAUGUCUGUGGCGUUUGACGGCGUACGAUUCUCGUACCCGAGCCGCCCCGACGCGCCCAUCUUGCGCGACAUCUCUCUCGACAUCCCGGCCAGGUCCUUUUUGCGCUCGUCGGCACCAGUGGUGCGGGGAAGUAGAUCACCCUGUCGCUUUUACGAAGACUGUACAGGCCUUCGUCUGGCACUAUCAGGAGAUGAAGAAGAAGAAGACGACUUGCCGGUCUGGGAUGACGUCGCCCUCGUGCCCCAAGACCUUGUGUUAUUAUCUGGGACCGUCGCCUUCAAAUUAGCCUGGGCUGGCCAACAUUCACGACACAAUCGGCGGGCUGCCGCAGCGCUCUACGAGAAGCCCUGCAGGCCCACAGGGUCGCGGUCCUUCUCGGGCGGACAGAAGCAACGGCUGUGUAUCGCUCGGGCCCUGCUGAGGCCACGUCCCCUGCUGCUCGACGAACCAAGCAGCGCAUUGGACGCAGAGAUCGAAGCGUUGUGGGAGAAGUCUCUCGAGCACAUCAGACAGGCUGAUGAGAGCGGCCGUAGAAGAGUGACCGUGGCCGGCUUCGCCCACCGCCUCCGGACCGUUAUGAAGGCCGACAAGAUACUUGUGAUUGAGGGCAGCCGGAUCCUGGACGCGGGGACGCCGGCCCGGUGCGACAAGUAUCGCAAUGAUAGCCUCCCUGGCGGCGGGCGCUGCAAAGAGCACUUCGUCGUCCCGGAGGAAGUUGAGGUGCGCAUUGAAAAGGGCUGA